AUGGCAAUCUGUACUUAUAACGCACGUACGCUUGCAUCGGAAGCGGCCAUCGAAGAUCUGAUGAUGCAAGCCAAGAAGAUCAAGUACGAUGUCAUCGGACUGACCGAGACGAGACGACGUCACCCUCUCAACGCCGUAUAUGAAACUGGAGAAGAACUGUUCUUGGGAAAAUGCGACAGUAGAGGUGUUGGUGGAGUUGGCGUCCUCGUCAACACGAGUAUGGCAAAGAACAUCGACUCUUUUGAACAACUUACGACCCGAAUCGGACGUCUGCGGAUGAGAAGAUGUGGCCCAAUACCAGCUUUGACUAUCUUCGUCGUUUACGCUCCAACAUCAAGCUACGAAGAAGUCGAAGCUUUCUAUAUGGACCUGGAGAAGUUCUACCAAGAAGAUCAUGCCUUCUACAAGGUCAUAGUUGGCGAUUUCAACGCUAAGAAGCCCUCUUCUUUACGCUGGACGUGGGAGUCACCCGGUGGAGGGUACCGUAAUGAAAUAGACCACAUCAUCGUCAAUAAAAGGUUCUGCCUGACGGACGUCGGUGUUGUACCAAAGUUUUAUACGGGAUCGGACCAUCGCCUCCUCCGAGGAAGAUUUUCCUUCACAAGGAGAGCAGAGAAAGCCGCCAAGUUCAGAGAGAGAAAUCCCAGGACUACCAUCAACUGGGAUCUCUUCGCUACGCUAGCCGGCUUUUGGGAAGAUUCCGCAAUGGACAACAUCGACGAGGAAUAUGACCGGCUUGUCGAACACCUUCACGACUGCGCGAAGAAGGCUGAGAGUUUUAAAACCACCAAGAGGCGCCUGUCUCUUGAAACUCUUGAGCUGAUACGCCAGCGUGGAGCAGCACGAGCCGCAGGGAACCAAGAACUCACGUCCGAGCUCGCAAGGCUUUGCCGAGAGGCGAUAAAGGAAGACCUUAAAGAGAGAAGAGCAGAAUUGCUGGCUGAAGCUGCAGAGGCGGGGAAAAGCAUCCGCUAUGCCCGUCGAGACUUCGCCAGUCGCAAGACGAGGAUGACUGCUCUCCGGAACCCAAAGGGAACAGCCAUUGCAUCGAGAAGGGGGAGGGAGAAAAUCAUCUACGACUUCUACUCUGAUCUCUUCGACAGCCAUGUCCACUUGCCUCCUCACCAUCUGAGGGAAGAUGGACAAGUCAUUCCAGAGGUUCUCCCGUCCGAAAUACGACAUGCUAUCAUGUCGGUAAGAAAUCGUACGGCACCCGGUCCCGACAGAAUAAGACCAGAACACCUGAAGAGCCUUCCGCCAGUACUCAUCAACACCCUGGCGAGGCUCUUUACACGUUAUCUGUCGGAAUGCAAGGUUCCUAAACAGUGGAAGACCAGCAACACCGUGUUGUUGUAUAAAAAGGGAGAUCCACAUGACAUCGGCAACUAUCGCCCAAUCUGCCUACUGUCCGUCAUCUACGAGCUCUUUACAAGAGUAAUCCUUAAUAGGAUUGAAAAAAUCUUGGAUGAAGGACAGCCAUGCGAGCAAGCAGGAGUACAAGAUGCCGCUCUGUCUCACCUUCAUCGACUUGAAAAAGCCUUCGACUCAGUUGAGACGGAAGCGGUCGUGGAAGCAUUGGACAACCAAGGGUUCCCUACUCAGUACAUAAAGGUACUUCGAGAGUUGAACAGCAACUUCACGACCGAAAUUUCGCCAUUCUACAAGAAUAUCAUCAUUGACGUGAAGAGGGGGGUCCGACAGGGUGAUACAAUUUCACCCAAAAUAUUCACAGCCACCCUCGAGAACGCAAUGCGAAAGUUGGAAUGGGACGACAUGGGAGUGAAGGUGAAUGGUCGGCAGCUACACCAUUUGCGUUUUGCUGAUGACAUCGUACUGGUAACACCUAGCAUCAGCCAAGCGGAACGAAUGCUGACCGAAUUCGACGAAACAUGUGGAUGCAUCGGUCUUCAGCUGAAUCUACAAAAGACGAUGUUCAUGCGGAACGGAUGGGUCUCGGAUGCCCCAUUCACGCUCAACGGAACGAACAUAUCCGAAUGCACCAGCUACGUUUAUCUGGGUCGGGAACUGAACAUGAUGAACGACCCGACCCCCGAGCUGGGCAGGAGGAGACGAGCGGCUUGGGGAGCGUACAAGAGCAUCGAGGAUGUAGUGAAGAAGACCAGGAACACCCGGCUCCGUGCUCACCUCUUCAACACCACCGUACUUCCUGCUUUGACCUAUGCUUCGGAAACCUGGGCAUUUCGCAAGCAGGAAGAAAACGCGGUGAGCGUCAUUGAACGCGCAAUUGAGAGAGUGAUGCUAGGAGUAUCCCGUUUCACGCAAGUGAGGGACGGGAUUCGAAGUUCUCUCCUACGUCAGCGAUCGAAGAUUAGAGACGCCGCCGCGUUUGCCAGGGAAAGUAAAAUAAGGUGGGCCGGACACGUGAUGCGCUUUGAUGACAACCGUUGGACCAGAGCCGUGAGCGACUGGGUUCCCCGCGAUAUUAAGCGCACUACAGGAAGACCGCCGACCCGAUGGUCAGAUUUCUUCACGAAGUCCUUGAAAGAAAAAUAUGAUGCUCUUCGUGUCCCACGCGAAAGGAGGAACCACUGGGCUACUCUGGCACGCGAUCGGGACAAAUGGAAGAAUUACUGGCGCCCGCUCGACCAGUUCGAAGAUCAACGGGAGUCAAGGUGA